AUGGGUUUUAUGGAUGAGCGCGUGAACGUGCUCACUAAAAGGGGGCCUGCGGAGAGGCAAUCCCGGCCGCGAUUUGUCACCGGAGGGGAGCGGGGAGGAGGGAGCGGGAAGCAAGGGGGGGUGGGAAAAGAGGAAAGGGCGGGGGGGGGGGGGGGGGAAACACAGCGCCUCGGUACGGCGGCGGCUGCUGCGGGAGGUGCCCGGCGACGCGGCGGCGAGCGGAGCCUUGAGCCGCGUUCGGCGGAGGCGGGGUGGUGGUGGUGGUGGUGGUGGUGGGGGGGGGGGGGAGACCCGGUAAACAACCGUAAAGCCCCGGGGUAUGCCCCCGCCGCCCCACCGCCGGAGCCGGGGUGUGGGGAAGCGGGAGAAGAAAAGCGGGGAGCCCAAAGGAGAGCGGCGGGGAGCGGGGCGAGGGAGCCCGGCCGAGCCCCGAACGGCGGAGGAUGCGCCGAGCCCCGCGGAGCCGAAGCCAGCCGCAGAGCGGAGCGUCUCGCCCGGUCCCCGCAGCCCCCUGCGCCCGGGAGCCAUGAGCUGCCCUCAGCACCCGCAGAGCCACCGGAGCAGCCCCCCGGCCGCAGCCCCCCGGCCCUGCUAGGCUUCCCCGCUCCCCCAGGAACGUGCCCGUCGCUGGCAAGGAGAACCGGCUGCACCCGCGCCCAGCCUCUCCUAUCGCUCCCAAGGUUCCUUGCCUCGCCAGCAGGUCCUUGCAAGAUUUCAGCGCCGGGCUGCAUGUCCAGGGCUGAGCGAGGUGCCCCGCUGCGCUGCAUUGGGUCCCAUGAGACAGGCAGGACCACCCUGUUCUUCCCACCCGGGGCUGCAGCACCCCGCUCUGCCUCUGCUGCACAGGAAGCCCCUCCAGCACCCAAAACAAAGCUGCAGAGGUCUGCUGCCACGGUGUCCCUGACCCUCUCUGGGUAA